ACUGUGCUUCAGUAAUUCGGUUUGGGGUGUUCUUACAGAGGAUGCCUCCGUUUUAAUAUCAAACAAACUUGACUGGGACGUUUGGAUAGCAGACUUUUUAGAAGAAAUCGGUACAUUUUGAAGAAUUAUAAAACAUGGUGCUACCUCAGAACUGGCAAUUUUUCUUAAACAAAGAAGUUGGGAAUAUACAAAGAACUGACAGUGAAAGUUGAACUUCUCAUAUUUUUGUAACGUAACAGUGCAAUGUUACUCUUUGAUGUGGAGUUAUGGUGUUAGGGAUGUUAUUAACCCUUUUUGCCUGGUAAAGUGGACCUGGUCAUAUCCAUGAUUUUUUUUUUUUUUUUUUUUUUUUGACUGGAGUGAUGUAUCAGAAUGGUAUUUGCUGUGAGACACGUCCCCUGCGCCUGCAUUUCAGUAAUUUCAAAAACAUGUCCACGAUGCAACAGUUGUAACGCAAUAGCUGAAGGUUUCCCGUUGGAACCAACUUUCAAUUAAGUUUUCUUUAUGGAGUUUCAAAAUGACCUAUACUAACUUGAUGAACGAGAGCUAUGGUGGAAUCUACUCCAGCAAUGGAAUCAACGUGUCCUUCCUGGACCAUAUGUUUGCGAAUAUUAGCAACACCACUUGUACCAACCUCACACUGGAUUCUCAAGUCAUUGGGGUCGGUGUCUUUUUGUCCGUGUUUAUAUUAGUGGCUAUCGUCGGAAACAUCUUGGUUAUUCUUUCUGUGGUUUGCAACCGACACUUACAAACCGUAACAAAUUUCUUCAUAAUUAACCUAGCUAUAGCUGAUUUGCUCCUUAGUAUCAUCGUGCUGCCUUUUUCGGCAUCUUUAGAGGUCCUGGGAUGCUGGGUUUUUGGCAGGGUAUUCUGCAACAUCUGGGCAGCGGUGGACGUACUGUGCUGCACCGCUUCUAUCAUGAGCCUGUGCAUAAUUUCAAUAGACAGAUAUAUCGGAGUAAAAUACUGCUUAAAAUACCCCACAAUCAUGACAGAAAAGAAAGCCGGGGUAAUCCUGAUAGUGGUCUGGGUGUCCUCGAUGGUGAUUUCAAUUGGACCACUGUUAGGAUGGAAGGAACCGCCGCCUUUGGACGAAAGCAUCUGCAGCAUAACCGAAGAACCAGGCUAUGCCCUCUUCUCUUCCCUGUUCUCGUUCUACCUCCCGCUCAUGGUCAUCUUAGUGAUGUAUUUCAGGGUUUAUGUAGAAGCCAGACGGACUACUAAGAGUCUUGAAGCGGGAGUCAAACGGGAAAGAAACAAGUCAAUGGAUGUAGUGCUCCGGAUUCACUGCAGAAGUGUAUUGGAGGACUCCGCGGCAAGUACAAAGAGUAAAACCCAUCCCUUCCGAAGUUCCCUCUCCGUGCGUUUGAUGAAAUUCUCUCGGGAGAAAAAAGCGGCGAAAACCCUGGCAAUUGUUGUCGGGAUGUUCAUAGUCUGCUGGCUGCCCUUCUUCUUUGUUUUACCACUAGGGUCAUUUUUCCCAGCCCUCAAGCCUUCUGGGAUGGUCUUCAAAGUGAUCUUCUGGCUGGGCUACUUCAACAGCUGCAUCAACCCCGUCAUCUACCCGUGCUCCAGCCAGGAGUUCCAGCGGGCCUUCACUCGGCUGCUCAAGUGCCAGUGCCAGCGCCGGAGGCGGUCCCUGCGCCGCUUCUACGACCAGCGGUGGAGGGCGGCGGUCAAGGGCCCGAGCCGGCAGGUCUGCGAGGACUGCAGCCCCAGCUUCUCCCUCCGCGAGUCCUGCCCCAACUCCUUCAUCUGCAGGGGCAAGGGCCGGGGCCUGGGCCUGAAGAGGUGGAGCUUCCUCCGCCCGCUGCACAAGUCCUCCUUCCAGCUGAAGGAGAAGAUGAACAACCUGUCCAACAAGAUCAAAAACGGGCCGGGGAAGGGCACCCCGCCCGCUCUGGGCAAGCCGGAGAUCGACUCCAUCUCCAUGGGGAUCUCCAACGACUACGUGGACCACAGUGGCUAUCAGGUGUACGAUCUGCCGGAAUGCUACGGGCUGAAGGAGACUGACAUUUAGUGCAGCGGAGGCUGAUCUCUGGUCAGAAUGUUUAACCCAUGAGUUAAAAAAAAAAAAAAAGUGAUCUUUUCUCGGGAUCGUAAUCUGUGAAACAAACUCAACAGACAUGCGGAGAACCCGUUUCAUAUUUGACAACAAAUAUUUUGCAGAAAGGGGCUUGUUUAGGAUGUGAAGCUUACAUCUGAGCACAAAGUAGAGUGAUUUGGAACAUAACUGAAUACUCUAUGUUUCGCUUUUUUGUUGCUAAAUGUGUAUUUUGCUUGUUUUGGAUGACAUUUGAAUAUCUCACAAGUCUUUCAGUUUCUGGUUUACAGAAAAAUACACAAAAACCAUUUCACAAAUUUAUAAGGUUGGCAACUAAACUAGAGUUUUAUAAUCUGGGGUCAUAAAAGUAUCUUUUGUUGAUGUCAGCCAACAUUGAUUUUGGUUAUUUUUGCCCUGGGAAUGAGUGUCCAUUAGCUAGCUAGAAGGUGGUCUGAUGCAAACAAAAAGCUUAAUUUGUGUUAUUACACAUAUCAGUGAUUUCAAAUCAAAGCACAGGCACAGGCAUAAAAACCAUUUAGAGAGCUUUCAGAGCCAUUAUUUAUAUCAUGUGUAAUAGGUGCUCAGGACAAUUGCAUCAUCAGAUUCACUAGGUUAGGCUCGAGAUGUGAUCCAGUGUUUAUGACUUAAAAGAGCACAUUUUGAAAUAUGUGGCUGAUCAUGGUGGACACAGCUUAUGGGUUAUAAUGGACCAAUUAUAUGAUUUUAUGUCUGUUGGAUGCUUCAAUAAUUGACUGCCAGAAAAAAAGAGAGGUGAUCAUGGUCUGAUGAAAGUGUCAGUCAUUGGUGGAGUCAAUUUAUUUGAUCAUAUCCCCUUUUCUAAUGUGAAGUCAUACAGCAAAAUAAAAUGUAAACACGAUAUUUAAAUAAUAAUAAUAAUAAUAUUCACUGUGAUAUCUAUCACUCAAGGAAUCAAUGUAUAAAAAUAAGUCUAAAAGCAGUAUAGAAGUCAUUAAAUAUGUUUUCAUGAGAAAAUCUCAUGGUCAUCCCCACUGGACCCUUUCUGACAGAAAACUACGAUAAAAAAUUUAAGAACAAUUGCCGCCCUGUUUGCUGUUUAUCAAAUACUUAGCUUCCCCAGCUGAUGUCACUGGUGGGGAUAGUGCCUGACCCCCCCACGCCCCGCGUUAUGAGUAGUCAUAGCCCUUCAACAUGUUCCUUCUCUGCAGAACCAGACCAAGUGAAUCAACACGAAGGAAUUCCAGAGGAAUUAACUGCCUCAAACAAUGGGCAUCACUGCGAUCGCAAGGCGUAGCAGAGCAAAAUCCAGAUCGAUCAUGACCAGAUUGACCAGCACUAUGAAAUUGCACAACCACUCAGAUUUACAGAUUGCAAGCUGCUUUCCUCGAGGGACACUUACACUUAAAGGCAUCUGUGAUACUGUAUGUAUUCUCAUGCUUUCAAAUGAAUUUACAACCUUAUUUGUGUUUACAAAAUGUCUUUGUAUUUAGAUAUUUAAUAUUUACUUCAUAGACCAUUGACCAACAGCCCUGUGGACAAUUACUUGGGCUUAAUGGAACUUGUGUAUUUAGUGUUGUACCAUGUCCGUUACUUUUUAAAUGACUAAGUGUUUUGCAUUUCAUGCUUGCAAAUACAAGGAGCAGCUGCGUGGUUAUGGUACGCGUGCACAACUCAUUUGUAAAGAUGAUGUAUCCAGUUUCAACAAUGAAUGAAAUAAACGUAAUGAAUAAGAGCUGGA